CAACAUGUAUCUAUAUUACCACGAAGAACAUUUUAUUGUUAUUUUAUCAGUGCAGUAGGUAUUUUUGUACAACAGCGAAAAUAUUUUUGAAAUUUGAACUAUAAAAAAUGCUAGUUAGAAAAAGUAGUAGUCGCCUUUUUAUUAACAAGAACAGAAUUUUAUUUAAAAAUGUAUAUAGUUCUACUACUCGAAUAGGGAAUGAAUUUAGGGAUAUUCCUGGACCUCAAUCAUUACCUGUUGUUGGAACUUUGUAUCAGUAUUUGCCAAUUUUGGGGGAUUAUCAUUUUGAUAAACUUCAUGUAAAUGGAUUAAAAAAGUUUAAAGAGUUUGGUCCUGUGGUGCGAGAAGAAAUUGUUAGUGGUGUAAAUAUCGUUUGGCUGUUUAAACCAGAAGAUAUAGAAACUUUAUUUAGAGUUGAAGGGAAAUACCCUCAAAGAAGGAGUCACUUAGCCCUAGAAAAAUAUCGUCUUGAUAGGCCACAUAUUUAUAAUACUGGAGGAUUACUUCCAACAAAUGGACCAGAAUGGCUUCGAAUUCGUACCACAUUUCAACGCGGUUUAAGCAGUCCAUCUUCGGUCCUAAAUUUUAUUUCACCAACCAGUGAAAUUAUCGAUGAUUGGAUCGAACGGAUCAAUGAAAUAAGGUUUAUCCAUAAUAUUGAUUAUCUUUCUGAGAUCUCCAGAUUAUUUUUAGAAUUAACUUGUAUGACAGCUUUAGAUAUAAGAUUAAAUAGCUUUUCAAAGGAAGAAUUGAAAGCAAAUUCGAAAUCUACAAAACUAAUGGAAGCCGCCUUGGCUUCCAACAGUUGCAUUUUAAAAACUGACAAUGGCCCUCAAUUGUGGAGAAGGUUUAAUACACCCCUUUACAGGAAGUUUACCAAAGCCCAAGAAUAUAUGGAACGUACGAACGAAAUUAACUUUAAAAUCGCUGAAGCUGGAGCAGGAAAAGAACAAUUAAUAGCAGGGUUUGGGCAGUUAGAGUUAAUAUCAAAUUGGAUUCAAAUUUGACGUAAAAUUCGCACAUCUAAAACAACAAGCUGGGUGAUGAAAAAUUGGUGUAAUAACAUAAACAGUUUCUUUAGAAAAAGACUGUAUGUUAAUCUUAAUUAGAGACAUAGCAAAUGUAAUAGUUAGAUUUUUUGUUUCACGUAGGCUAAGAUUAUAAUUCAACUCUUGCACACGUGCUUAUUUCGACGCCUGGUGUGCACCCCUCGUACAGAAAGUGAAAUUUUCUUGCGUCAUCCAUUAAUUACGUGAACUCAAAAUGCGGGGAUCAAGCAAAAUCUCAUCAAAUCUCAUUUAAAAAGGAAGGAGAUCAUUGAAAAUCUCGCGUCAAUUUUUUAAUUCAAAGAUAAUACGAUACGAUUCAUUAAAUUUAAUUUUUUUGAAGUGUUCCAUUUUGCCCUGGAAAACCUCACGUGAGGAGGAGGGAGGCCCAAAUUAAUAGAAAAGUCCCUCACGUAAUUAAUGUAUGCUCCCUAAGUAAUUUAGUAAUCUUGUUCAUUGAGAAUCCCAAAAACUCUCGAUUUGGACAAAGUAAAAGGAGUUUUUGUAUGUAAUCUAUAAGUAAAAAACUAUUUUCUGCAUGUUUUUUUUCAAAUUUUAGGCUUAGCAGUUUCGGAGAUGAGGGGGGCGAC